AAUUCAUUGCUCAUCUUCCAUAAGGACAAGGACUCUUCUCAUUACUCAAACACUCGCUGCUACUUCUUGCCUAUGAAGCUAAACUCAACAAACCAAUUCUCAGUUUUCCUCUUCGAAAUUCCCCACCAUGAUCCCUGAUUCCACCCGCCACCGUACCCACCACCCUCCCCCCUCCCGCCACCGUCAAUUCCGCCCUCCUCAGCCGCUCCACCACCGCCCCCUGCCUCACCACCGUCAGCAAACCCGUUUAUUCCUGGUAAAACUCAUCUCAACUCACCACACACAGUGCCACAGUAACCGCACACUAGAAUCAAUUGUUUCACAAUGUACACCUAAACCAUUCCAAAUCAACACCAGACCGCUGCCGUCCACCGGUUCUCUAGCGGCGACGCUUUUAUACCGCCACCAAAUUGAUGCCGUUAAUGCUUUUAUUUUUCUGUGGGAGAAGCGGUUAUUAGGUGAUCAUUUGUUUACUCCAAUUGUUGAUUUUGGUAUUAAUGAUGAAACCCAUGAUAAAAUUAGGGUUUUGUUUCAAUUGCAUUGUAAAAGCCUUUUGGGAGGUGAAUUUUUGGAGAAAUUAGAGUGGAGAGUGAACGAAUUGUCGUUUGAUAUUGAUAGAGUUUCUAACUUGCUUAAGAAACCUAAGGGUUUGAGAGUGUUUAAUGAUCUGGGAGAUGAGAAGGACAGAUUAGUGGGGGAAUUGGAUGGGAUUGUUAAGAGAAUUGAGGAGUUUAAAUUUGGGGUUAGGUGUGUGUUGGAUUAUUUGGAAAAGAAGGAUGUUGAGGGAGAGAUGGAGCUGCGGGUUUUGUUGGGGUUUAGAAAUGGGAAGAGUCAUAAUUGGAGUAAGUUGCAUUGCCUGUUGUUGAGAGAAUGUAGAAGGGUUGAAGAUGGUUUGCCGAUAUACGGCUCUAGGAGGGAGAUUUUGCGGCAAAUACAUUCGCAGCAGGUAAUAGUCUUGAUUGGAGAGACAGGUUCUGGGAAGAGUACACAAUUGGUACAGUAUCUUGCUGACUCAGGGGUUGCUGCCAGUGGCUCUAUUUUGUGUACUCAGCCUCGUAAAAUUGCUGCUCUUUCCUUAUCAAAGAGGGUUGGUGAGGAAACUAGUGGAUGUUAUGACGAUUAUUCAGUUGUCUGUUUUCCAACUUAUUCGUCUGACCAGUUGCUUGAUUCGAAGGCAAUAUACAUGACUGAUCACUGUCUAAUGCGUCAUCUCAUGAGAGAUAAGACUUUGUCUGGAGUUUCAUGUAUUAUUGUGGACGAAGCUCAUGAAAGAAGCUUGGAUACUGAUCUCCUUUUGGCCUUGAUUAAAGAAUUGCUUAUUGAUAGGCGUGAUCUAAGGCUUGUUAUAAUGUCUGCAACAGUUGAUGCAACCAAAAUAUCGGAAUACUUUUUUGGCUGCGGAACCUUUCGUGUGAUGGGGAGAAAUUUUCCUGUUGAUAUCGAAUAUGUUCCAGGUGCCUUUGAAGGGUCUUCUGUUCGCUUACCUGGUGUUAGUAAUACAGCUCCAUAUGUUUUUGACGUUGUAAAGAAGGCAACAGAGAUUCAUCAAGUAGAGAAAGAAGGGGCUGUUCUUGCCUUUUUGACUUCCCAGCUGGAGGUAGAAUGGGCUUGUGAAAAGUUUCACUCUCCCUCUGCAAUCGUAUUGCCAUUACAUGGAAGGCUUUCCCAUGAAGAACAAUCUCGUGUUUUCCAGAAUUAUCCAGGGAAGAGAAAAGUUAUUUUUGCUACAAAUUUAGCUGAAACAUCUUUGACAAUUCCUGGGGUCAAGUUUGUGAUUGAUUCCGGAAUGGCUAAGGAAAGCAAAUUUGAACCUUCUUCUGGCAUGAACAUCCUCAGAGUUUCGAAGAUUAGCCAGAGUUCUGCUAAUCAACGAGCUGGUCGUGCUGGUCGAACAGAACCUGGCAAGUGCUAUCGGCUUUACUCAGAAGUUGAUUAUCAGUCUAUGGCUCUCCAUCAGGAACCUGAAAUUUGUAAAGUUCACCUUGGUAUUGCAGUUUUGAGGAUCCUUGCUUUGGGUAUUAAGAAUGUGCUGGACUUUGAUUUUAUAGACGCUCCUAGCGAAAAGGCAGUCGACAUGGCCAUUAAGAACCUCAAGCAGUUGGGUGCUGUGACCUGCAAAAAUAAUGUUUUUGAAUUGACUUCUGUUGGGCACUACUUAGUGAAGUUGGGUAUUGAACCCCGACUUGGGAAGAUAAUUCUUGAUAGCUGCCAUUAUGGUUUGCGUAAAGAGGGAGUUGUUCUUGCUGCUGUUAUGUCUAAUGCAAGUAGCAUAUUUUGCAGAGUUGGUACCGAUGAUGACAAACUGAAGUCAGAUUGCCUUAAAGUGCAAUUUUGCCAUCAGGAUGGAGAUCUUUUCACAUUGCUUACUGUUUACAGAGAAUGGGAAGAUAUCUCUCUAGAGGAUAGAAAUAAGUGGUGUUGGAAUAAUAGCAUAAAUGCAAAAACUAUGCGUAAAUGCAACCAGACAGUGCAAGAGUUGGAGAACUGUUUACGUACUGAACUUAAUAUUAUUAUCCCGUCUUACUGGGUUUGGAAGCCUUAUGCUGUCACAGGGCAUGACAGAAGUUUAAAGAAGAUUAUACUUUCUUCUCUAACCGAUAAUGUUGCCAUGUAUUCUGGAUAUGAUCGUCUCGGUUAUGAAGUGGCUUUGAGUGGAGAAUACGUACAACUUCAUCCUUCAUGUUCAUUGCAAGCGUAUAGUGGAAAGCCACAUUGGGUCGUCUUUGCUGAGCUCUUGUCUGCAUCAAGUCAAUAUCUGGUCUGCGUUACUGCCAUAGACUUUGAUAGUUUGUCUGUUUGUAGUCCUCCUUCAUUUGACAUCUCAAAGAUGCAGAGUAGAAAAUUACAGGCGAGGGUGAUCAAAGGAUUUAGCAGCACUGCUUUGAAAAGGUUCUGUGGGAAGGCAAAUCAUAACUUACUUUCUGUUCUAUCUCGCAUGCAGACACAGUUCAUGGAUAAGCGGAUAGGUAUUGAAAUUAGUGUGGAUAAUAAUGAGGUUCUAUUGUAUGCAUCUUUACAAGACAUGGAGAAGGUUUAUGGCCUUAUUAGUGAUGCGUUAGAAUAUGAAAUGAAAUGGUUGAAUAAUGAAUGCCUGGAGAAGUGCUUAUAUAAUGUCGGACGAGCUGGGGCUUCUCCCCCAUUUGCGCUUUUUGGAGCUGGUGCAGAAAUCAGGCAUCUUGAACUAGAAAACAGAUGCUUGAGUGUAGAUGUGUUUCUUUCAGAUGGAAGUUCUGUAAAUGACAAGGAGAUUCUGACAUUCUUAGAGAACUCAGUUUCAGGGGUAUGUGGGGUUCAUAGAUUUGCAGGCAGCAAACUGGAUGCUGACAAUGUGGAGAAGUGGGGCAAGGUGACGUUUCUUACCCCUGAAGCUGCUAGAAAAGCCCUGGAGUUAAAUGGAUUUCAUUUAUCUGGAUCUUUUCUUAAGCUGUCCCCUGCUGGCGCUGGAGGUAGUCAUAAAUUAUCAUCAUUUGCUGCCUUAAGAGCCAAAAUUACUUGGCCGCGGAGGUAUAGUAAAGGGCGUGCAAUUGUCAGAUGUGAAAGGAAUGAAGCUCAGUUUGUUCUUCAACAUUGCUAUGAUCUGCGGAUUGGAAACUGCGUACUUCAUUGUGCGCUUAGCACUAAGGAAAUGGAUUGCAUUGUCAUCGAAGGACUGGAUAGAGAUACUUCUGAAUCUGAAAUUCUUGAAUAUCUGCAAAUGGUUACAGGCAGGAGAUUUUUGGAUGUUUUUUUGAUACGAGGAGAGGCUGUAAAUAAUGCUCCUUCUCUUAGUGCUUGCGAGGAUGCAAUUCUCAAGGAAAUUGCUCCCUUCAUGCCUAACCAGGCUCCCUUGAGCAAUUACUGUCAUGUUCAGGUCUUUUCUCCUAAUCCAAUGGAUACUUUUAUGAAGGCUCGGAUCACCUUUGAUGGAACACUACAUUUAGAGGCUGCAAAAGCUUUGCAACAUAUCCAAGGAAAGGUCCUUGCUGGAUGUUUUUCAUGGCAGAAAAUGCAAUGUGAGCGGAAGUUCCACAGCUCUAUAUCAUGUCCUGCUCCUGUAUUUGCAUUCAUUGAGAGGCAACUGGACUCUUUGCUGGAAAGGUUCACGCUUCGGCCUGGUGUGCGGUGCAGUGUAGAAACGAAUGCAAAUGGUUCUUACAGGGUGACAAUAUCUGCCAAUGCAACAAAGAUAGUAGCAGAGUUGAGGAGGCCACUGGAGCAGCUAAUGAACGGAAAGACGGUUGAUCAUGGUAGCCUCAGCCCAGCAGUUGUGCAGCUUCUCUUUUCUGGAGAUUGCAGAUUUAUUAUGAGGUCGCUGCAACAGGAAACGGGAACUUGCAUUUUCUUCGAUAGGCACAGCCUCAAUGUUCGGAUCUAUGGUCCCGAGAAUAAAACUGCUCUUGCUGAGAAAAAGUUGAUACAAUCCCUUCUAUCACUGCAUGAUAAGAAGCAAAUGUAUAUUCCUCUUCGAGGUGGAGUUAUGCCGCACAAUCUUAUGAAGAAAGCCGUCGAGAAAUUCGGACCCGAUUUACAUGGGCUCAAAGAAAUGUUUCCUGACACGGAAUUUACACUCAAUACAAGGCGCCAUGGCAUCUCUCUUACCGGCAAAGAGGAUUUAAGGCUGAAGGUGGAGGAUAUAGUUCACGACUUCGCUCGAUCUCUAAGCAUCAGUGGAUCUGAGAAGAAACCCGAGUUUGAAGCUACUAGCUGCCCAAUUUGCUUGUGUGAGGUUGAGGAAUGUUACCAGCUUGAGGCUUGCGCGCAUAAAUUCUGUCGGCCGUGCUUAUUCGAGCAGUUAGAGUCGGCCAUGAGAGGACGUGAUGGUUUUCCUAUACGUUGUACUUACGAAGGUUGCGGGAAGCACAUUUUGCUUGUGGAUUUGAAGUCCUUGUUACCAGGUGACAAGAUAGAUGACCUUUUUAGAGCUUCUGUUGAGGCAUUUGUAGCAUCAAGCGGUGGGAAGUACAGAUUCUGCCCCUCUCCCGACUGUCCUUCUGUUUACCAGGUGUCAAAUAGUGGAAUAUUUGCAGGUGCAUUUGCAUGUGGGGCAUGCUAUGUCGAGACAUGUACGAGGUGUCACUUGGAGUACCACCCGUACAUUUCGUGCGAACGAUACAAAAUGUUCAAGGAUGAUCCGGAUAUGUCGUUGAAGGACUGGUGUAAGGGAAAAGAACAUGUUAAGAGCUGUCCGGUAUGCGGGUUCGUAAUCGAGAAGAUCGAUGGCUGCAACCACAUCGAGUGCAAAUGCGGCAAACAUGUCUGUUGGGCCUGCUUGGAAUUCUUUAGCAGUAGCGAAGACUGUUAUGGGCACUUGAGAGAGAUACAUCAGGGAAUACAGUUCUAAUUUAUGUACAUAGUUAUUACUAUUAUGUCUAUAUAUUACAGUAGGACCUAGGACCUUUUUCAUUCUCUUCUGUUAAGCUCUUGUUUGUUUUCUUCUCGAUAAUGGCUUGAGUUUUAACCCUAUGUAAAUUUGGUUCAGUUUCAUCCUGGAUGUUGAUUGUUAAUAUUAAUUAUCAACUAGAAUUUCUGUGUUC